AUGCGCAUUCUCUGUCUACAUGGCUAUGGUACGAGCGCCGAUGCCCUCCAAUAUCAGCUGUCGGGCCUGCUUCAUUCGGCAGAUCCCAGCUGGGAGUUCCAUAUGCUGUCCGGCGAGAUUGAAUGCCCGCCCGCACCUGGCAUCGAAACCAACUUCACUCCCCCAUAUUACUGCUGGUCACGCAGCUUUAGCGCACCAUCAAUCGAGAAUGCUCAUUCCCUAAUCACCGAAGCGAUUGAGGAUGAGGGCCCCUUUGAUGGUAUCUUAGGAUUCAGUCAGGGGGCCUCGAUCAUUGCCUCCUUCCUCCUCGAACAGACCGCCAACCACCCGGAAAGGCCACUCCCAUUCCGGUUUGCUAUCUUCUGCUCGACAACCAUUCCCUGUUCGUCGGAUCCCAACUACUGCCGCUCUAUUACGGGAGGCCUGUCCCUGCAAGAUCAGCAGCGGAUCCGUUCUGGGCAGGAUGAUCAGAUUGCACAAUUGCCCGCAUCCAUCAAGGCACCAUUUGAAGAAUUUGCCAAGGUGGUCAAGGCAGGCCUGUCGAUUACUCGUGAGCCAGUCAGCUUCUUUCUAGACCGGCCUAUCGAAGAAAUCCCCUGUGCCUUGCACCCGGACCAUUUUCCGGGCCGCCUCUCGAUCCCUACAUUGCACCUGCGGGGUCAUAAUGACCUCCCUGGAUUGUCUGAUUGUGCCUCGCUAGUGGAGAAGUUCUGCAACCCAAGGUGUCGUAAGACCAUUGUCCAUACUGCCGGACAUGAUAUCCCGAGAAGUGGGUCGGAGUUGAGGCAAUUUAAGGCCGGGUUAGACUGGCUAGUUGCGCAGAGCCAGUUGCCAACGCAGUAA